AAUGUAUACGACCUCCUGUAAAAAAAUCGAAUCUUUGCAUGUGAUUUAAAGAAUGAUAUGGUAAAACUGCACGUUUAGCUUUACUUCUAAUCAAUUACCUCGGGAUCGGCAUUAUCCAGCUAUUUUCAUUUUCACACGAGGAGAAAGGAAAGAAUGACACCUCUAGCUGUUUUUACGUGUGCUUUUAUCCCGCUAUUGUUUUCUUGUGUGUUUGGUAAUGAUUUAGCUAGAGGAUGGGGUGAUGAUAUUGAAUGGAAGACAUUUGAAGAUGGAUUACAGGCAGCCAAGGAACAGAACAAACCUCUGAUGCUGGUCAUUCACAAGACCUGGUGUGGGGCAUGCAAAGCCUUAAAGCCUCAGUUUGCAGACUCUAAGGACAUCAAAGAACUCAGUAAGAACUUCAUCAUGGUUCAUACAGAGGAUGACGAGGAACCGAAGGGGGACCAGUAUGUUCCAGAUGGAGGCUACAUUCCCAGAAUUCUCUUCCUAGACCCAGAGGGAACAGUCAGGAAGGAGUUUUACAAUGUCGGUGGCCAUGACGAAUACAAGUACUACUACUUCUCACCUGACCUCAUUGUGGAGACCAUGAAAAGAGUGAUGGAGAAAAUCCACAGUCCUUCAGAGGAAAACAAAGAGAAAACGGUGUCAGAUGAGCUGUGACAUGACGACCUCGGACUAUCAGCCCUCAUCACUUUCUCUCUUUUAGGUUUUUUAAUCAUACUUUAUUGGAAAUAUGCAAAGAAACUCAAGGGUCGCUUCCUCAAACUUUUGAUCUCGGUGUUUUAAGCUGGGUGUGUUCUGAUUGCUGAACUAGAUGGUGCGGUGAUGUUUUAGAUUGGUAGAUUUUGCUGAACUAGAUGGUGCGGUGAUGGUUCAGAUUGGUAGAUUUUGCUGAACUAGAUGGUGCGGUGAUGGUUCAGAUUGGUAGAUUUUGCCUGUGUGUGACAGUCAUAGUUUGGACUGAACAUUAAGGGUGGGUGUCGGUGUACCAGUAAACAGGGAUUGGUAGAUUUUAGUAUUGGUAGUGAGAGUCACAUUAUGGAUUUAUGUUGUAUAAAAACAGUGUUCUCUGUAAAACCAGAGUGUAUAUUUUAUGAACAAAGAUUUCUACACUGUCAGGCAGUUGUUCACUUUUACAUACCAGUAACUGUGCUAUGCAUUCUUACAAACAUUCACUCAGAGUGCGAGUGCUGUCAGAUAAGUCUGUGAGUUUGUGUUUGUUUGGACAUUUUAUUUCAUCUCUGGGAAAUGGAUUGUUUGACCAUUAUUUAUAAUUUAAAGAAUAUUGAAAAUAAAAUCUGUAUAGUUUA